AUGCCGCCGAAAAAGCGCAAAGACGAAGAGGCGCCCAGCGGCUACGCGCCGCGCGGGAAGAUGGCGAGGACUCGCCCGCCCUCAAGCUUUUGGGAUGCCGGUUUCCCAUCCGAAGGCGGAUCGCCUUACACCGGCAGUGGGCAUGUGAACCCCCGCUGGAAAACGAAGUUGAUGCAAGGACGGACUCGCGAAGCUCAAACGCCAAUGCCAACACCAACGCCAACAGACGUAUCCGCGGAGGAUGCAGCAACCCCUGCACAUGGUGGCAACGCUCUCCAGCGUCGACUUUCUGCCAUGACUGGCCAGGGCGCGUCGACUCCGAACGACGACAUGACUUCGCCGAGUAGGCAUGACGGUAUCGCGCAGGAUCCCCAGACCCCUUCGCUGGUGGAACGACGCCCCAGCCAUGCGUACAACGGCCUAUUUAGGGGUCGAGGCGGAGCGACUAUGGGUAUGAACAGGCAGGCAUUUCAUGUGCCACCAGGGAGACAUCCAUCUUCGGAUAUACUCAUGCCGCCGCUGCCGUCUAGUAUGCAGCGCUCGAGUGUUCUACGUCGUAGAGACGCACAACACGUCGGUGCGGCUGAAGAGGAAGACGGGAGUGCGCAUCGAAAUGACGAUGUAGUGCCCGCUGAACUCGAGGAGGAAGAGGAAGAGGAAAACGGGAGUGCGCAUCGAAAUCACGAUGUAGUGCCCGUUGAACUCAGUGGUGAAGAAUCCCAGUUACCUGGCGUUCUUCCAUCAAGUAGGGUUGGGCGGCCGUCUUCUCAGGAAGAGAACCUGUCACCACAGCCAACCUCACCGUUGCCUGUGGUAGUUCAGAGGGUUGAUGAAGCUAGGCCACAAGAAUCUCUUGUCGUCGGCUUGGAUUCAGAAACCGUGGAGGUAUUGGAGAAGCGCCUGGCCCAGGUUUUGAGUCAAGUGAAGAACUUGCGCGCCGAGGCGUCUGCGGAUCUCCGCGUGAUGUUUCGGAAGGGAGUGCAGUUGGCGAAUACCGAUCUAUCAGGGAUCGACCCUGCUAUUUUGGGAAGGGUGUGGGAAGACCUCGAGGCAGAGGACGCUGUAGGCAUGGUGGAGACGGAUGAUCCAGAUAUCGCCGCGCUCUUUGACGAAGAGGAAGAGCCGAAAAAGUGA